AUGCCUGGCCGCGAUCGGUUCAACGUGUGCGUGUGGCCCGUGAACGUUGAAGUGGGGGACAGCGGCGACCCGUUCCUGACCCCUGGCUUUCGCGGCAACCGGUGGGUGGCGAACGAUCUCGCGUUCGGCGACGUCAUCGUCCGUCAGUGCAUGUGCACGGCGCCCGACGUGCCGGCGCAGGGGGCGAAGUACUUGGAGCUGUGGCUCGGGAAGGCCGAUCACUCGCAAUGCACUCGGCGCGUUGUCGACGUGAUCACGGGCGCCAUUGGCUUGGGCGCCGUGGCGUGGGAUGCUGUGAAAAAAAAGAUCAUGGCAGUGGGCAGGCGCAAAGUCUUGCCGCCCCCGCUCGGCUACAAUGACACUGAGGACGAGCUGCCUUGCACGCUGAACAUCUUGAUUUGCAAGCAUCCCUCAGAACCAGGGCCACGCGUCAUUGUGAAGCACUUUUCGUUUCCCGGAAAGGGCCACGCCAUGUGCGCGGUCAAGGAGAACCUCGUCCAGGGCGACCCUUGCACGAUCGAUUGCAAGCCAGAUGUGUUCAACAGUUUGCGCGCGUUCCAACUUAUGAUCGAGCGGCUCGGCGGGUUAUUGUUCCGCUAUUGGAGGUUCGAACGCCGAGGAGGGGGGGGGUUUGCCGACGGGAUGCAGCGCGUCAAAGACGAGGCGCCGCGCGCGAAUUGGGACGGCGAGCAGUUGUUAUGGGUGGAGCAGGAAUACGUCGACCCAGACUUCCCGCUCCAGCACGUGAAGAAGGAGUUCGUUUGCAAGGUUCUCCAGAUUCUCAAGGACCGCGACCACUUCGCGGCCAAGGAGACGUACUACCCCUUGUUGAAGGGGGGCAUUCGGCCCGAGUACCAGCCCGUCGUUGACAAGAUCAUCCGCGCGCUUCUCGGCAGCGCCGCCCUCCUGAUUGGCGAGGCCAAAUUCGGGGAGACCCCUCUGAUGUAUAUUAUGGCCAUGGCGCUGGCCAGGUACCAUGCAGACUGCGCGAACGAGGCGCGCGGCCGCGCGGUUGCCGCCCUAGCAGUGCGCGUGGCUUCCGAGAUGGACUUCUUCAGGGGAGAGGUCGGAGGGGCGCGCCCCCCCUGCGUCUUCGACGACGGGGGCCUGGCUGACCAGAGGCCCCGCGUGCUGAAGGCAUUCUUCGACCCAACCCAGGUCGAGUCGAAUGUAUGCGUCCGUUGGGGCGCGGCUAAACUCAAAAGGAACCAAGCGAGCUUCGGCAGCGACAACGAGUAUGAUGCCGCCGCGGAGCCGACGCCGACUGAUGGGGCCUUCGCCGCGACUUCAAGGAACAAGGAGGCCCGCACUACGUCCUACCACGUCGUGAUGGUCAAGCCCGCGUUCCCAAAUAACCUCUCCCUGAGCAACAUUGGCGCCAUGCUCAAACGUUGCAACAUCCUGCUCAACACGACGCAGAACGUUUACUUCCGCCCAGCGGGCGCGAUCGCCGUCGUGGAGAAGGUGCCCCUCAAGGGCGGCUACAUCACGCCUGAGGCGGGCACGUGCCUCCAGAACUUCUUGCGGAACAACGCGCGGCGCAACCAGGAGGACUUCGACAACCUCUUGGCUUUCGAGAAGCGCGACAUGUUGAAGCUCAUGGGGGAGGCCAGAGCGCAGUAUAAUCAGGGCGGGGCCGAGCCCGCCGAGGAGCCCGCCGCGGAGCCCGCCGCGGUUUCGCCGCAGCCCGCUGCGUCGCCCAAUCCCGAUGGGGAAGAGCAUGGCUUGGGCUCAAUGUUCCAGGAGGAGGGGGAGGGCGCAUUUGGCUUCGGCGGCGGCAUGGGCGCCGCGCCAGAGGCGAUGCCAGCCCCCCCCCCCCCCCACCAAGCCAGUGAAGGCGGGCCAGGCGUGUGGAAGCGCAAGUUGAGCGGCGGCGGCGGAGUCAUCAAUCUGUGUUCUCCGUCACCGAAGAAGGUCCGCGUGGGCGCAAAUAAGUCUCGGGGGCAAGAGAAGGCCAAGCUUGACGGCUUGAUCUCGCAGUUCUCGGACGGCGUGGCAAGUUCGCUGUUCAGCUGCCGAACGCGUCGCGCGGCCCGCGCGAGCUGCGAGCUGGUGGCGAUGGGCAAGGCGUUGCCUGCUGCCAAGAGGGGCAAGGCCCGCGCUGCCGCGCAAUCUCAGGUUACCGCCAGGAGGCCAGCGGCGGCGCCCUCCGUCUUGAAGAUGCCAGCGGCUGCCGACCAGCUCGGCGCGCCCAAGAACGUGCCGUGCGUGCGCCGCGGGGCCCCGACCAAGAAUAUUUGCCAUGCGCAGGCCACGUGGGCGAGGUCCCUCAAGGAUUUCGUGCACAUGCCCGCGAAGACUAUCAUCGACAAGCUGACGCACGACAAGAUCCUCCCUGCUUGGAAGGGCGUCGCGUGCCCCUAUUGCGGGAAAGGCACUCUUGGCUCUCUGAAGCACUACGCCGAUUCGAAUGGAGGGUGGGCCUACCGCUGCAACAGCAACGAGUGCAAGCGCCGCGUGCCCCCGCACGCUUUCCACCCCCUCUUCAAGUGCGGUGCGGGGCAGUCGCGCGUGAGCUUGGCAGAUCAAGCUUCUGUGCUCUUCUGCUCAAUUGCGAAAUGCUCGCAGACUUCCGUGCGUUUUCUCUCGCGGAAGAAUCAUCAGUUCACGGGGGGCAUCUGCGAGUCCUUGCACGCGGUGCGCGCCAAGAGCGUGGUCCAGCACGAGAAGAACAUCAAGUUCGGCGCCGGCUUGCCCUGGGCGGACGUAGAAGCCGACGAAGUGGACAUCGCCAAAGGAGAAGACCCCAACACAGACACUGCGACUGACAACCCUAUCAUCUGGGAGCAAUGGGGCGGCAUGGUUCAGCGCGGAGACCAGAAAUCCCUAGUCUUGUUCAAGCUGGACCCAGCGAAGACAGAGGCGGGCGCCAGCGCAACAUCGUACUGCACGCGGACGGAGCUGCGGAAACACCUAGGGACUAAGAAGACAGUGAACACCAAGAUGCUGACUGACAAGAUCCGCUCAUACCAGUGGUUGUACUGGCACAGGGGCGAGGAUUUGUGGCUGGCAACAGGGAAGACGCUGGAGGAGGCCUUCCUCAAGGAGCACUGCCAGUGA